AUGUCACACCGAACCAUAACCUUCGUCACUGGCAAUGCUAAAAAACUGGAAGAGGUGAGAGCUAUUUUAGGGAGCAAUUUUCCUUUGGAAAUAAUUAGCCACAAACUAGAUUUGCCAGAGCUUCAAGGGGAGAUAGAUGAAGUAUCUAUAAAGAAAUGUCAAGAAGCUGCUAGACAAUUGAAGAGGCCCGUGGUGGUAGAAGAUACGGCCCUCUGUUUUAACGCAUUGAAGGGUCUUCCGGGGCCAUAUAUCAAGUGGUUUCUAGAGAAACUAGAACCUGAAGGGCUUACAAACUUGCUAACUGGUUGGGAGGAUAAGUCUGCUAAGGCAGUGUGCACAUUUGCAUACUGCUCUGGUCACGAAGGUCUAGAUGUCAAGCUAUUUCAAGGUGUGACUCAUGGUCAAAUUGUGGCUCCUAGAGGAUCAAGGGACUUUGGAUGGGACUGUGUUUUCCAACCUGAUGGCUACACUCAAACUUACGGUGAAUUACCGAAGGCAGAAAAAAAUAAAAUUUCUCACAGAUACAGAGCUUUAGAGAAAAUGAGAGAAUAUUUUUGUAGUAACAAUGUUUAA